UAAAAUAUUUAUCCAUAUAAAAAAGUUACUUCAUUCAUUUCUUUUUAUUUGCAACAUUUAAUUUACACGUUUGUCAAUGUAUAACUUGAACAGUUAAUAUAUUUAAUUAUAGGUAAGUACAAUUAUGAAAAUUUGGAAAAUAUAUAGUAUACCUGAUCAAAAGACGGGUCGGGUCGGGUCGGGUCGAGGACAUAAAAAUCUGCCAUUGUGUCGGAUCGGGCCAUCUUCGGGCCAAUUUUGUGUGCCCAAAACCCGCUAUUUGUUAUUUCAAUUUCUUUAAACAUUCCCUAAUCCCAAUCCUAAUCACAUAAUUAUAAUAGUCCUACACCAAUUAAAUUAAUUAAAAUAAUCGCCCAUAUAUAAAAAAGGUAAAAUAAACCUUCAAAUGAAAUAAAUCAAAUAACCCACUUUCUCUCUCCUACUUUUCUAUCUCCAGUUGUUUUGUAGCAGAGAGAGUCCACCCAGGUACCCACUGUUGCAUUCGCCUUUGCGCCCUCUUCUUCAACAAUCAGCACACACAAACUCAGGUUGAAAAGGAUGUGCACAAGACAGAGUAUCCUGGGAGCAGUAGGAGUUGAAGCAAUCAGAAGUCCCCUGCCCACCUCUACCAAAAGGGAACCUGCUGAGGUUAUUAUGGAAGGUUCAUUUUACGAGAUUGAUCAUUCGAAGCUACCUCCUAGAACCCCGCCCAUGCUUCAUUGUGUUCGAGCUGUUAUGGUAACUGCGAAAGCUGAGCUGAAUGUGACUGUAAGAUAUCCUAGCGCUCAAUCUAUAGACGCGUAUUUUGGGAAUUCAGACCAUAUAGCUAGUAGAUCAGAACUUUACCCUGCAUUGGAUGAAGAGUUUAUAAUGGGGCCAACUCUUGCUGUAAAAGUUCUAAGGCGACAAAUCCCAUCUCAAGGAUUCGAGAUGCUUAGACACUCCAAAUCCUUUUGGUUAAUCAAGCCAUUGUUGGUAAAAAGUGAAUUUGAGGCUAAACAUGGUCCAUGCUUUCACAAGCUUCAAGCUAGCAGAAUACAAGGAUGGGGAGUAAAGAAGUUCGCUGCCUAUGCUCCAAACCCCACAGAGGUGAAUGACCUUGUUGAGGUAAAGAGUUCAACUUUUGAAGAGGAAGAAAAAAGUGCGAAAGAAGUGGCAUUCAUUGAAGUACCUAAGGCACAAGAAAUCAUUCAGUACAGCAGGAAGAGAAAGCAUGGUAGACCUCCAACUUCUCAAAGCAAGAAGAGUAGACAGAUUCCGAAGCAAAAAGCUAUUGAGGUUGUUAAGUCUAUCAAGGGAAACAACAACAGUAAUAAAGAGUUUGUUGAUAGAUGGCCAUUAAAAAGGUACGAGGCAGCUGCAACGGAAUUGGUGGAGGUUCUGAAGAAAUACGGAGCUGGUUACAGCAACCCAAUUUCUCGUUUACAGCUAAGGACAGAAGCCCGGAAAAGAAUAGGUGAUACCGGUCUGUUGGACCAUAUGCUCAAGCACCUUGCUGGUCAAGUGGUCCCACAUGAUGGGAAUGAUCGCCUUCGUAGGAGGUGUGACUCUGAAGGUAAGAUGGAGUACUGGCUUGAGAGUGCUGAUCUGGUUGACAUAAGGAAGGAGGCUGGGGUUAAAGAUCCUUACUGGAUACCACCUCCUGGAUGGAAGCUUGGAGAUAGCACUAGUGAUCCUAAGUGUUUGUGUCGUCAAGAAGUCAAGAUGCUUAAAGAAGAACUUAGCAUCAUGAGAAGACAUAUGGCAGAGCUGAAAACUGAAAACAAUGACGAACAGCCAAUAACAAUGGUGAUGCCAGUCAGUACCACAUCUUCUAGGAGGGAAACCUAUGAGGUGCUGAUGAAGAAGAAAUGUCUUAUGGAGGUGCAACUACGUCAGAUUUCAAAAGCUUUGAUGGAACUGGAGGAAGACAGUAAACUGCAAGAUAACAAAUCUGAAGCAGCAGCAGCAAGUCUGCAACUAAUCCCAUUUCCCUACCAGAGUUUACCAGCAGAAGAAGACACCAAAGAAGACACCAAAGAAGACUUGGAAGAAGAAAGUCAAGGUGAAGAAGCAGAGGAAGAAAGCCGAGCAGCAAGAAGACUGAUUGUAAAACUGAAACCAUGCAGACGACUUGAUGACAUCAGCAGCAACACGUUUUUGUCUCGAGAAGCGGAUCACUCAGGCUCUCCUCUCUCUUCCACCACUUCAUAAACUUAUAAUAUGAACAUAAUCUUAGUUAGUUAGUUAGUUAGUUAUCCCUAAUGUAAAUGUGGUAACAGGCAGUAAAUUCUUGCAAGUUUUGGCCUUAAUUAGCUGAUUUAGCUAGCAUUGUGAAUGUCCUUUAACAACUUAACAAGCUUAUGUUUGAUAUAAGUAGGUUAGUAAGGUUGAUUAACAGAGUUAAGGGAAUUUUGUAAGGUAUUCAUGACCAGCAGAACUGCAGAAGAUAUGUUUGUAUAUAUUAGUUGUUUGCCAUUGUUGCAAUGAAUGCCAUAUAGUAACAGACUCACUUGUUUGACAUCAAUUUCAUGUUACAACUUUAUGAAAGUUAUAUUAUUAUUACUCCGUA